UGUUACCUUAAAAAGAAAAUCAAGAUUURGAAGAACUCAAAUCAGAAAUUAAGCAAAAUAGAAUAUUUCUUAUAAACAAUCCCCAAUUAGGUGUCUAACGUGGGACUGAUUUCAUCUUUUGCAGACAGUGCUGACCAUGAGAAGUGUGUUUGUGUGUUUCUGCCUGGCUCUGCUGCUGCCUUGGCGUGUUCAGAGCCAGAGGAGCCGCCCGGCCCUCACCCGGCUGGACGAGGACACGCAGAGGGACGUGCUGGCUUUCGACACGUUGAACCGCAGCGGCGUGUUGAACUCGCUCCUCCGCUCGGAGCACCACCUGGUGCUCAGGCGGGCACGACCCCCGCGCCCGGCUUCCCAAGUGCCCAAACGGGCCCAGCAGGGGUCUCGAUUUGCCCUGUCCCUCGACGUCCCCACCAGCAUCCUCAGCGUCCUCAUAGACCUUGCCAAGAACCAGGACAUGAGGACCAAAGCGGCAGCSAACGCAGAACUGAUGGCACGAAUAGGCAAAAGGAAAUGAAAGCCAGGAGCGCCUCACUUGCCUCAACUUAUUGGUUCACCUGGUCAUGUUUCAAGAUUCUUACACGCGCCCGCCUACGUGCACGCGAGUCGAGAUGGAGGAAAAAAGAAAAAAAAACAUUCAAAAUGGCGCCAUGUUGUCCCUAAUUAACUCCAGCCAGGUGUUGGUAAUUAUCGCCUAAAUUAGUUCAGCUCGUUUUCUUUCACCGUUGAAACAGACGGAUAGAAGUGGUGAUGAGGGGCGUUUAAGACACCUUAAAACAAUCUGUCAAAUAACUCAGAGUUUAUUGUGUCUUAAUCA